AUGCAACAUUACCAGGCACAGAAUGAUUUUCGGCGCAAGUGGGACAAGGAUGAGUAUGAACAAUUGGCUCAAAAGCGAAUCACAGAGGAAAGAAAGAAAAAAGAUGGCAAACCCGUACCCCCGGUCAAACUAGCGCCCCUCCGGCACAGAGACUACAAGGUGGAUUUGGAGUCUAAUCUUGGAAGGACCACCUUCAUCACAAAGACCACACCACAAGCUAAGAUGGGAGGGCACUACUGCAACGUUUGUGAUUGUGUUGUGAAAGACUCCGUCAACUUUCUGGAUCACAUCAAUGGCAAGAAGCACCAGAGGAACCUGGGAAUGUCAACGAGUGUGGAACGCUCCACCUUGGACCAGGUUAAAAAACGUUUCGAGGUGCACAAAAAGAAACUGGAAGAAAAAAAAAAGAAGGACGAUUCUGAAGAGCGAAUGAAGGAAUUGCGAGAAGAGGAGGAAAAGGCAAAAGCGUACAAAAAGGAGAAGCUAAAAGAAAAGAAACGAAAAGCAGAAUACGACCUUAAUUUUGAAGAUGAGGAAAUGGCUGCUGUAAUGGGAUUCUCAAAAUUCAGUUCCUCCAAAAAGCCCCAUUGA